GAGACUACGGCGGUGCAGCAAUGGCGAGACCAUGCCGCGUCACUGCUCCGCCGCCGGCUGCUGCACACGGGAUACACGCGAGACGCGCAACCGCGGCAUCUCCUUCCACAGACUUCCCAAGAAGGACAAUCCGAGGCGAGGCUUGUGGCUGGCCAACUGCCAGCGGCUGGACCCCAGCGGCCAGGGCCUGUGGGAUCCGGCGUCUGAGUACAUCUACUUCUGCUCCAAACACUUCGAGGAGAACUGCUUUGAGCUGGUGGGAAUCAGCGGGUAUCACAGGCUGAAGGAGGGAGCAGUCCCCACCAUAUUCGAGUCCUUCUCCAAGUUACGCCGGACAGCCAAAACCAAGGGACACAGUUACCCACCUGGCACCCCCGAAGUAAGCCGGCUUCGGCGAUGCAGAAAACGCUGCCCUGAAGGCCGAGGGCCUACAACUCCAUUUUCUCCACCUCCACCAGCUGAUGUCACUUGCUUUCCUGUGGAAGAGGCCUCAGCACCUGCCACAUUGCCUGCCUCCCCAGCUGGGAGGCUGGAGCCUGGCCUUAGCAGCCCCUUCUCAGACCUUCUGGGCCCUCUGGGUGCCCAAGCAGAUGAAGCAGGCUGUAGUGCCCAGCCCUCGCCAGAGCGGCAGCCCUCCCCUCUUGAGCCACGGCCUGUCUCCCCCUCAGCCUACAUGUUGCGCCUGCCGCCACCUGCUGGAGCCUAUAUCCAGAAUGAGCACAGCUACCAGGUGGGCAGUGCCCUGCUCUGGAAGAGGCGGGCUGAGGCAGCCCUUGAUGCCCUGGACAAGGCCCAGCGCCAGCUACAGGCCUGCAAGCGACGGGAACAGCGGCUGCGGCUACGGCUGACCAAGCUACAGCAGGAGCGGGCACGGGAGAAGCGGGCACAGGCGGAUGCCCGCCAGACUCUGAAGGAGCAUGUGCAGGACUUUGCCAUGCAGCUGAGCAGCAGCAUGGCCUGAAGGGUGGCCAGACUGAGGGGCUGCCCAACAAGGACAUGGCCUCUCCCUCCCUCAGAAUCCACCUGGAUAGGAAUCACCUGGUACCAUAAUAAAGUGGAUUCUAGAAGGAG